AAUAAUAAUAAUAAUAAUAAUAAUUUAAACAAAACCCUAAUCCGAACCAACACAACCAAAACACACAUUCAAUACAUCAAAAAAAAAACCAUAUAUUUCCCUAAAUUAGAAUAAUAUGAAUUUAACAAAUCAUAAUGUUGUAGUUACACCAGCACAUUUAUUAACAUUAUUACCUGGUGCUAUACCACCGGAAUCAGUGAAUUAUUUCUAUGGUAAAAUUACACGUGAACAAGCUGAGGAAUUAUUAUUUAUCAAUGGUGCAGCUAAAGAAGGUUUAUUCUUAUUACGUGAAUCAGUCAAUCGUAAUUAUGCUGUGUCAAUAUGUCAUUUAGGUCGUGUACAUCAUUAUAAUGUUGAACGACAAUCAGAUUGUUCUUACCGAAUACAAACAGGUCAUAAAUUUAUUGGUCCAGUUGAAUUAGUCCAACAUCAUUCAACACAUUUGGAUGGUUUUCUUACAUUAGCACAAUUCCCAUUGAAUCGUCCAAUUGGUAUGUCACCAAUUGUUUUACAAGGUUUAAAUGCUAAUGAUUUGGAGCAUAAUCUACGUUUGAAAGCAUUAGAAAUGGGAUUGAAAGGUCAAAGUGUUGAUGAAGCGUUAAAUGGUCCAAUGCGUAAUCAUUUACGUUUUUUAGUUAUAAAAGAUUUACACUUAUUACAACCAUGGUAUCAUCAUACUAUAAGACGAUAUGAAGCUGAAUCACGUUUGGCUAGUGAAGGUAAUCAAGAAGGUGCAUUUUUAGUUCGUUAUCGUAAAGAAGACAGAACGUAUGUGUUAAGUUUAACUAGUCAAAAUGAACCAAAACAUUAUCGUAUUGAAGAAUAUUUAAGUAGAUGGUCUAUAGAAGGUGGACAAUAUUUUGAAACAAUCAUGGAACUCAUUGAUCAUUAUCAUUUUCGACAAGAUGGAUUAUUGUGUAAAUUACAAAGAGCAAUACCAGUGUCCAAUUUCACAUGUUCUAUUUCAGGUUCCGGUGGUAUAUCGAAAUUCACAACAACGGAUGAUUUCAAAAUUCCUAUCAAUCCUGAUAAAAAUCCACACUUUAAAACACAAAUAAACACAUCAAACAAUUGGAAUGGUAGUCAUUCCCUGCCAUCACUGAAUUCCAUUCCAAUCCCUGGACUAAAUUCCUCAUUUAACAAUCAUAGUAAUGUGAAUAUACAAUCGAUAAUGAGUAAUGGUGUCAGCGAUACAACAACAGCAACAGUGAUUUCUACUACUACUAUUACUACUACGACUACUCCUACUACUACUAAUACUACUAACGCUACUCCUACAAUCCGACAAGAUUUGAUCUCAUUCAAUGAUUGGCCAAAUGUGACAAUGUUUUUAUCCAAUCAAAAUACAUCCAAUGAAAUCAUUACAACCACGUCGAUUAUUUCAGGCGUAACAACAACAACACCGAUCACACCAUUCAAUACUACUAAUCUAUCAACCACUGUACAAACUCCAUUGAAAACAAUCAGUAUUACUAAUCAUAGUAGUAGACAUAAUUCGUCGAAUCGUUUUAUUCAGACAACAACAACAGGAACAACAACACUGCCAUCAGAAGUACCGAUCAAUAACACACCGAAUUCUGACAAUUUUACAAAUGCUAUGCUAAUCGGAUCUACGCUGAUACCACAAAUGGCCUUAUUCGAUAGAGAAAUCAAUGAUGUAACUAAGUUAAUGAACGGACAGACUACAACAAUUGGUAGUAAUGUACAUAAUACUACUAUUUUGAAUAAUAAUAAUGUAAAAGAUUCACGUGCUGGUUGUUUAAAACCAAUCCGAUUAAAUGAACCAUUGACAUCAAUGAGUAAAGCAUUCGCAGAAGUAGACAAUGCUAUUGCACAUGUUGUCUCUAGUGCAUUCUUUUCAUCAUCUGCUCUAACAACGGCUACCACGACGGCUACAACGACUACCACUGCUACAACGACAACGACAAUGACAACAACAACUACCACAGUGAUGACUACAAUGAUUGCACCAAGUAUAGAUCAUUUAAAAAAUAAUACACAUUUCUUACACAAUCAUUGUAAUCAUACUACUACUGAUAAUAAUAAUAGUAGUAAUGAUACUAUGAAUAGUAUUGAUAAACAUUUGCCCAUGAAGAAAGAUUUACUUCCAACACAAACACUACAUUUUCCUCCAAUAUUGGAUACACCAUGGGAAGAACCAGAUUGUAGUGAAGAACAUGCACAAAGUACAUCCAGUAGUGGAGGUUCCAUCGUUGGCAUCAGCGGAAGCAGUAACAAUAGCAGUGUUGUCGGUAGUUGUGGUGGAAAUUCAGGACUAACAGCAACCAAUAAUACAACGAAUAUGUCAACAUUCAUUGGAAAUAAUAAUCCAUUUCUCCCGUUAAUAAUCAGUCCAACAUUGACACGUCGUACUGCAUCAUUGAAUAAUACAAAUCAUUUCAUGCAUAAAUUAACUUGUACAGAUAAUAAUAAUAAUAAUAAUAAUAAUAAUAAUAAUAGUAAUAAUAAUAAUAAUAAUAAUGAGACAUUUGGUUCGACUAUUACUACUACUACUACGACUACUACUAGUAAUAAUGUUAAUACUAAUGGACCAAUAGAAACUCAAUCAAAUCGUAGUGCAUGGGCAAAUGCAAUUAGUCCAGAGAAUGCCCAACAAAUUUAUGAUGAAUUGCCACCAUCGAAUUUUUUGUUAGAUUCACAAACGGUUACACUGAAAGAACGAUUAGGUGGAGGAAAUUUCGGUCAUGUAGUCAAAGGUCUAUAUCGUACUCCAUCAGGACAAGAAGUACCGGUUGCAGUGAAAACACUGAAACCAAAUCAAAUUGUAAAUUCUGGUGAAGUGAGUUUACCAUGA